UCCAGCUCCGCAGUUGGCGGGCUACACGCGCGUCCACUCUGCGCUCGCGCUGUUCCGGCGGCGGCAGGGCGGGGUUUGUUUUGAGAGCGGACCGGAGAGAGAAGACUCAAUAGGGAAGAUGGCGACCGCAGGGUCCGCCGAACGGCCUGGCAGACCGGCCAGCGCCGCCGCCGGCAGAUCCCGGUCCGUGUCCGGGCCCGGAGUUGGGUGCGGGUCCGGGUCCGGGUCAAGCCCGCCGGAGGACGAGGUGGCGAAGUGCGCGGCGUGCGCGGAGGCUCAUCCCGGCGGCAGCCCGCCCUGCGGACACCCGGCCUGUCCGCUCUGCCUGGCCCGGAGACACUCCGGCAGCGAGGAGCGGCUCCGGAGGAGGAGUGACCCCGAGAGAAGCAGCAGCAGGACGGGCAGGAGGGACUGCGACAGCCGGAGAGAGUUCUUCAUCCCUCCUGCUCUCAUCCCAAAGUCUGCUGAGGUUUUAUCAGGACCAACCGGAAAACACAAGCUGCUGUUGUCUGAGGACAGAGAAGAGUUCAGGAGGAGAAACGUUCUGACCUGUAAAGACGAAUCGGUCCGACGUGAUGAAGAAACCGGAGUUUUGUCGGACUCAGAGAACGAGGAGCCGAUCAGCAGGAGGAUCAGAAACAUCUCUGCCUUUGUCAGGAAAACCAAAAACUUGUCAGCCAUCACGGGUGGUUCUCAGAGGAGUCGGAGCUGCACUGACCCAGUGGAGGACCGAGGAGGGAAACUGAAAGUCUCCAUGCAGCCCGCCAUGAUGGACCGGGUCGGGAUCAGUCACAGCUACACCGCAGGAAUCCUCCUCUCCUCUGAGAACAGUCGUUCCGUCUCGGCUCCGAUCACUGCUCCUGACCGGAGGCUCACCUGGCGAGCCGUGGUCACAUCGUCAUCCUUGUCGUCGACUCCUCUGGUCCUCCCCCCGCCCCGCCCCGAGCGCUCCAUCAGCCCUGAGAGCAACGACAGCAUCUCGGAGGAGCUCAACCACUUCAAGCCCAUCGUCUGCUCGCCAUGCACGCCGCCCAAACGGCUGCCGGACGGCCGCCUCGUGGAGCCCACCAUUGUCAAGUCCACACCCAGGAAUCUGACCCGAGGCCUGCAGAAGGCUACCACCUACGAAGCCAGUCCUGCCGUGCUGCAGAAGUGGAGGCAGAUCGAGCUGGAUCGCCAGAGCCUCAAAGUGAACUCCAAGGCCACGCUGACGAGCCCCGUCUCUGAGCUUCAUAACAAGACUGGCGGUGGGGAGGACGCCGUAAAGACUCAUCAGUCUGCUGCAGGAGACGGAGUCAUGUCCAUCAACAAGAGGAGGCUGCUGUUCGAUCCUCCAGCUGGAGACACGGACACCUUCCAGAAACAGUCCGUCAAGAUCCGGGUCCCUGCGAUCCGUUACAGCAGCGAGUCGUCUUUCAGAGGAAGUUCAGACUUUGAGUCAACAGCAGCCACUCCUGAAUCCUGCAGUGGGGGGGCAUUGUUCGGUCGAAAACAGUCAUUCUCACCGUACACUAAGAACUCUGGUUUCCAGUCCUGUAAAUUAGUGCCAAAGGACUCACAGAGUCCCAGGAAGGAGUCUGACAGUAGCAUCCACAACCAGUCUACCUCAAGGAAGGGAAAGAAGAGGAAGCAGAAGACCAAACACCUGGACUCAGAUCGGGACUCCGACAUGAAGAGGAGCCGGCCGGUCAGCCAGGAGGCCUUCGACGAACGGUACAUCCGUCAGAUCCAGCAGGAGCGCCAGGACCGGGUGCUUGCCCUGAAGCUGCAGAGACAGUUUGACCUGGAGAACCAGACCGUCAACCGCAGGAGGAGCCCCGAUAAGUACUUCCUGCGGUCCUGGAGGUCCAAUCAGAACCGCAGGAGGCGCGGCCUGAGGAGAUCUCGACGAAUCAACAAGAAGCACUAGAGAGGAGUCAUCUGCUGACUCAGCACAAAGGCGGACACGAAGAGGUUCAUAUAUGCAAAGUGAAGAAAGGUGAAGGUUAAAUGUAAAGUAUGAAUGUUUUGACACGACCAUUGUCUCAACAGCAAUCUGACUUUAUUUCAAGUGCAGUUGAGAAAAGUGUUAAAAACCCAGAACCUGUACAUUUCUUCCAAACAUUGUCAUCGUUUCACCAGCAAAUCACCAAAAACGACAUUUUACUGAGAUAAAGGUGAAAAUAAUCAUCAGCUGAACCAUUAUUAUCUAAAUUCCAACUCAAUCUAAUGAAUGUAGAAAUAUCUCACUACAAAACCAACAAGCAACAAAACCAACCACAUAAACUUGGACACUGAUUUAAAAAUAUUUGACCUCCAAAACAAACUGAAGAAACACUCUGAGAGCUAACGACAGGCGUCUGGAUUUAUUGGGAAUGUUUUACAGAUUAAAUGAUGAUUGAUUGAAAAAUGAGUCGUACGGACACUAACAUUUACAGUCCAAGCAAACAGAGCAUAAAGCAGGAGGUGGUCGUCCUGUUCAAAAACAACAGCUAACAUUGUCAUUGUCGACAAUCUGUCGUCAUUAAUCUGCCAGUUAUUUAACUGAUUGAUUCAUUCAGAGAAAUUGUACAAAUCGCUCCUUUAACGACCUGUUUUAGGAGCUGUAUCUCAGUGUAUCUAAUUGCAGAUGCAGUUCUUGUUAAAAACGGAAAUAUUUAACAGGUUUUAGGUGAAACUUGACUUCUGUCAUCAUGUGUUUUCUUUUAAUCACUGACGGGUUCGUCACCGCUCCUGGACACUACAGAUACAUUCGUAUUAUACCUGUUGGAGGUCAAAGUUCAGCUUGACCUUCAUGUAUUUGAGCUGUAGGAGGAAACAGAACCAGCCAGAAUGUCACGGUCUGAACAGAACCUUUUAAACAUGGACCUGGUCUGGUUCUGAUUGUGGUGGUUUUAAAUUGUCUGAUAACUGAUGAGGCCUUUUCCUGCUUCCAUCUUGGACCUUUUUCACCAGUGAUUCAUGUUUCUCCAUUGGUCAGCGGCGGAGGAGCCAAAGAUGAUGGGACAUCAGAGACAGAACUGGUCCGAUCUCUGCCGCUGACGGUCUUCCAGUCUAACUUUUUGUCCGACGUUUCUUUGUUUUCUUGGUGUUGACCCCAACGUUUUGAAGUGGAGUCUUCUCUGUGGCUGCUGCAGGCUCAUGGGUAAUGUAGUCCAGACCAAACUGAAGGAGAAAAAAAAGAUUUCUCUAGAGGGAUUUGUACCUGAAGACCAGAACGGACCUGAACUGAGACUGUGGUCAACUCUCCAGGAGACUGGACAAACUUUAUUGGUUCCUAUGGUCAUAAUGAAAUAAUACAGUUACAGAAGGAUGGUCAGUGUUGUCCGAAGCCGUAUUCACAUUAUUUAAUUGGUGAAGCUAACGUUAGCUCGGUGUCAAACAUGGCUAAACCAGACUUCGUUGCUUUGUAGGUUUAUUGGUAAAAAUGAAAUACUGAGUAAGACUGCGACAAACAAUUAUUUUCAUUAUUAGUUAAUUUGAUUAUUUUCUCAAUCAAUCAUCUCGUCUGUAAAAUGUCAGGAAACAGUGGAAGUAUCUUGUUUUGUCCAAUCUGCAGUGAAAAAAAACAAUCGAUUAACUGACUAAUCGUUGCAUUUAGACAUUGAACAGGCAGAUUACUGCUUAUUUGCUAAAGAACCACACUGAAGUUUUGUGCUGGUCAAAAUGCGUGUUUUAGCAAGCUAAGCUAAAGCUAAAGUUUAAAAAACAGAUAAUAAAAUGUUUCUGAUGUGUGAGUUCAUCAGUCUGUGUUCAGUCUACACUGAUUUGUUUCCAGGUUGUUACAGACUGCUGCACCAAACUCCAUUCAGAAAACAGGCCAUUUAAUUUAUUAACAAGCAAACUCAGACUCUUCUGAUGACUUGUAUGUAACUAAAUAUAAUCAAUUACAUUCCUCCGUUGUAUUUCCGGUAUAAUGUGAAUACGGCUUUAACCUGUCACCUGCAAAUCAUCGUUUCUUCGCAUUCCUGAUUUUCCAAAUGAUUUUCCAGGUUUUGGAUAAACAUCCCUCCCUCCAGGCAGAUCGUUUCUGUUGGUGUAUCUGAAUCAUGUUGACUUUUCUUUAAUGAAUUCUGGGCUGCAGUUUAUUUCAUAUGUUGCUGAGUGAGAUGAAUAUUGUUUUAUGAUUAAUUAUUGACACAGUUUGAAGUGUUGGAGACUUUCUGUUCAGACUCUUUGCUGUUUUUCCCGACAGAGCUGAAGGGCUUUUUUUUUUACUGACGCCACACAAGCUUUACUCUCUUCGACACUGAUAUGCACAUUUUAUAAAGUUGUACUAAAGCUUUCAUCCUUCAGUUUGACAGUCUGACAGCAGAGUGUUCAGGUGGGGGUCGGGGGGGUGUUUUAAUGCUGAGUGCCAAAUGACCAGAGACUGUCUGACGGACAAUGUUAAUAGUUUAUACAGUGAUUCAGUAGUUUUGUAUGAGAGGAGGAGGAGGAGAGAUGAAGCUGCUGGAAACCAAGAGAAACUAAAAGAACUGAGACGA